AUGCAGAAGCACAACACCUCAAGAUCUUUAAAAUGCCUUUCUAGAAGCCUUCUUGCAAUUCUAUGUGUUGCCUUGAUUAUUAGCCUCUUCGCCAUUAUAAUUUUGAGUUCCAGCAUCUCUUAUCCUCUCUACAUCUUCACCACCAGGACCACAAACAUCUCGCCUGGCUUAAUUCGUUUGCCUUACUCCAUUCACAGCCAAGUUUCUAAUUUGCAGGCGCAGCUGGGAGUUUUGCUAGAGCAGCUGCAUAAUGGAAGUUCAGAUUCAAAUACAAUAGCAAAAUUUUCUGAUCAAGUUCUUCGCAUAGCUCUGUCCUUGGACAAGCUUGCUGAUAGUCUAUCAAGUGUGUCCUGCAAUGAUCCUGCGAGUGAUAAUGAAAUAAGCAAAGUUGAUGAAGAUUUUAGUGAACCUGAGGAAAGUGAAGAUCAAGAAGGAUCAAUGGGUGUGAAGGUCUUCAAUUCAGGUGAGCUUCACAACUAUACUUCACCAAAACCAAAUAGGCAAAGUGGAAAGAAAAUUUUUCUAGGAGUUGACGCAAUUAGUCCUUCCGUUGGACUAGCUUGUACGCAUAUGGCUGCAAACAUAGAUCGGUUCAUGAAUUACAAAAUGUAUGCGAUGUGCCCAGAUGACUGGGACUUGGCUCAAAAGCUUAUUGCCAGUGGGUGUGACCCACUGCCAAGAAGGAGAUGCCUAUCAAGAGCACCUCCAAAAUACACCAAGCCACUUCCUGUAAACUCCUCUCUUUGGACCCAACCUAGUGAUAGUAAUAUCUUGUGGAGCCAUUACAAAUGCAAAAGGUAUUCUUGUCUACUUUCCAAUGAAACAGUGGACAGAAGAGGCUUCUUCAAAUGUGCAGAUUGCUUCAAUCUUUCAAAAAGAGGAUGGCAAAUCCCAACAAAUGAGUCUAUUUCAGCUGAGUUCACUAUUGAUGAAGUUUUAGGAUUAAAGCCAGGAGAGAUUCGUGUUGGACUUGAUUUUAGCCCCACAACAGGCACAUUUGCUGCACUUAUGAGGGAAAGAAAUGUAACCAUUGCAUCAGCAACCUUGAAUUUAGGCGCCCCUUUUAGUGAAGUGAUUGCACUAAGAGGCCUGUUGCCUCUCUAUCUAUCCAUUGGAUCAAGAUUGCCGUUCUUUGAUAACACGCUUGAUAUUGUUCAUUCUACUCUAUUCUUGGAUGGGUGGAUUGGUAUGGAACUCCUCCAAUUUGCGCUAUUCGAUUGGGACAGAGUCCUUCGACCCAAGGGUCUUCUUUGGGUGGAUCGUUUCUUCUGUAAGAAAGAAGAUAUGAGGCUGUAUUUGAAUGAGUUUUCGAGGCUAGGCUACAGGAAGCUACUAUGGAGAAUCGUACCAAAGACGGAUAAACUCGGAGACGAGCUGUUCUUCUCUGCUGUGCUAGAAAAGCCAAUUAGGAGAUGA